UCUAUAUUCUCACUGUCCUGUGUACAGUUAAAGUCGUAGGAUUGCCCCAUCAUCUAUCCCCAACAGAAAGACAUUUCUUGUCUAGGCUCCGACGUCCAUUAUAGUUCAACAACAAGAACAACUCGUUUCCCCUAUCCCUCCUAAAAUAACAAAGGAAACUCAUAAUGCAAGUAAAAUGCGAAGAAGCAGCGAAACACAUGCCAAACACCGCCGAAGCACCCGCCUGCGCAAACAACUCUAUCUUAUUAUCCACUCUGCGCGCCUUACCACAGGACCCGCUGGGCUUCUCUCAUCUGGGUAUGGACGGAGUGUGGCGGAACUUCGGUCACGAUCGCAACGUGGUCAGCUAUCGUGCUCUCAGCGCCGAGGAGAUUUCUGAGGUGCUGGAUUUUCCUGGCUGGAUGCGGCAAAGGGUUGAGAAGGGGUUGGAGGAGGUUGAUGGCAGGGAUGUAACGGAUAUCGAGCAGCUGUUGGAUCCUAGUGAGGAGCUCUUGCCGAAAUACGAAGAUGAUGGGGGGUUGUAGUCAUGAUACGGCAUUUCUGUUUCUAUUUGAUGGGAGAAUCGGAUCUUACUAUUGUUAUGGCUGAUUCUGGUUUUCGAUUUUUGCCUACCUACCUAUUGUCGAUUCCAUCUCAAGAAGGUAAUGGGUUUGUUCUCGAAGGAACGCGGGGUAGUCACCUAGUAUUUAGUUAACUAAACCCGCUUACCAAUCAAUUUUAGGUGACAGUAGUUAUCAGAAUCAUGAUAUUGCAGCCUUUUAGUUAAUCCCUGG